AGCUAUACUUCUUUGGGUUCCCAAUUAGCCACAUUGAUCUUUCAAUGGCAUCCCCUCUACUACUACUGUUGGUUUUUUCCAUGAGUGCUAGUGCACUUUUAGUCCAAGCCAGUUAUGUGAAAGAAACCCGAAUGGUCUUGUACUUCCAAGACAUCUCGACAGGUCCAAAUGCCACAAGCAUACCAAUUGCAGGCAUUGCCGGAAAGCUUUGGACCUUCACUCAGUUUGGAACAGUUUAUGUCACUGACGACACCAUGACCGCAGGUCCAAGCCCAAAGUCAGCCGUAGUUGGCCGGGCACAAGGCGUGUCGGUGGCAGCAGCGCUAGACGGGAGUAAUGCCCUUGUCUUGGUAUCGCUUGUGUUCACAAAUAGGGAGUACAAUGGUAGCACUAUAGAGAUACAAGGAAACAGUAAGCAAUUCGAGUCUGUCAGAGAGGUUGCAGUGGUAUCAGGUACCGGGAAAUUCAGGUUUGCUAGGGGAUAUGCUACCUUUGAAUCGUACUUCGUGGAUCUUCCGAGUGCCUACUCAAUAUUACGGUGCAAUGUUACAGUGCAACAUUACUAGCAUAUCGAAUCCUACUUCAUCUUCGUUUACCUCCAAUUAUAUAUGCCUAUUUCUUUACCAAUAAAACCUCACAGAAGAUAAGAGAGUAUAUCUCAACGCACAAUUAUACUCGCAUGGUUUGACACACAA